CUAAUAGCAAUUUUUGAGUGUUGAACUUAAAAACCAUUGGAGGACCCAAUCAAGGCCAUAAGCAAUCGGACAUGCGCCCGGCCCAAACGAAUUUCGCAACGUGGUUGACAUUAUCGUCCAAGAAGCAUCCAUAACCGUUCAUUUUCUUGAUGAUCGCUGAAAGCCGCCAUCUCAAAGAAGUUCGUUGAUUCCUAUUCUGAUUUCCUGUCCACAAAAGUAAACCCUAAUCCUAAAUCUCGCCAUUCUGCUCCGUCAGUUUCGAUAUCCCAGAACCAAGGGUUGAUUAUGGCGGACGAUAUGGCUACCAACGGAGAUGUGUUCGACGAUGCUGAGAUCGGCGUUGAAGACGACUCCGAAGGAGAAUUGAAGACGCACGCGCUUAACCAGAAACUGGCCGCGUUGGAGCAGGAGAAGCUGGAAGUGAUCCAUGAAAACGAGGUCGUGAAGGAGAGAGUCGAGAAGCUGAAGAAGUCAAUCGAGGAGCUUGAGCGCCAGAAAUCCGAGUUGCUGAAGAAGGUUGAGAAAUUUGAAUUGGAGAGCGAGGGUAUGGGAGUGGUGGCUGUGCGAGCCUCUCAGCUUGAGGGUGAGGUGGAUCGUCUGCAGCACGAGCUCGCCAUAGCCAAGACAGCUCUGGCAGAAUCAAAGUCCGAGGUUUCGCAUCUGAAGGCAGCCUUGGAUAGGUUGAAAGGCAGUGAAGAAGAGAGCUUAGGGAAACUCAAAGCGGUUGAGGCAGAAAUGGAUCUGCUUGUUUCAAGAUUGGAGAAGUUGGAAAGUAGUAGGAGUGAUCAUAUAGCUGAGUUGGAAGCUAAGGAACUGGAGAUUAUCUCUCUAAAGAAGAUAGUUGUCGAUUUAGAGGAUGCUGUGGUGACCAAGAAUGGGUCAGAGAAGGCGAAGGAUGCGGUAGAGAAGGAGAAGAAUGAGCUAGAGAAGAAAACAACAGAAAUGUUGAAGAGAAUCACUGAACUGGAGAUAGAGUUGAAGGAGAAGAAAACGGUGAUAUCUGAAAGGGCUGUUGAUGGUGGCGUUAAUGGGUGCCCCGUGUCAAAUGGUAAGAGAUAUGGAUGUGAUCUUAAGAAGGGGUGGCCUGUAUUUGCAGGGUCUGCGGCAGCUACCAUUGCUGUAGGAUGUGUUGUGUGCUACCUGCACCAGAAGCAGAGGAAGGCAUAAAUCACUUUGGAGGACGAGGUUUUUGUCUGACCCAGACUUUUAAAGACAGUUUUGGUAGUACCCAUAUCUAUUUUUGGCUUUAGUUUUUCAGGGUUUCUUUUCACAUGUUAGAUUAAGGUCUUUGUUUUGGUUGGCCAGUAAUAAAGAGAUAUGCUACUGGGGCUAAACUGGAAUCAAUGAAACACUUUCCAGUUAGUAUUUGCUGAAUCUUUGAUUAACCCUCAAAUUGUUUGUUUAUAGUUUGCCAUUUAUAACGCAUUAUCGUGAAGGUUUUGGUUUGCCUCGUGUCUAAGUGUGCUUACUUCUGUACUGUCUAUGAUAUUUUGCAAUAAUUUCGGCCUCUAAUGGUCAUAUUAAAGCUAUUCAUUUAAU